GACAAAUUAGAAGUCACUCACCUCCAUUCGAUCAUUGGCAUGCUACAAGUCUACACGGUAUUUUGCUUCUAGACGAUUGCAUCACACCUUAUAGUUGCUUGCUGUGUGAUCGCUAGCUGCUACAUAGCAUAACAUACAUUGUAGUAUGGCAAGACAAUAAUGUUCCGAGCGAAGGUCUUAUGGGGCAAUGCUGCUUCAUUGAAUUCUCGCCCUUCUCCCUUUGACAAUGACUACGACGAAAGUGAGGUGGACGAUGACAUUAGCGCCGUGGUAGAAACUUCCAAGCCCCCAGGACUGGUCGGUAUUGUCUUUGGUUUCAUGUUUGAAGAGUCGUUGACAGACCCCGACCAUUUGGACGAUGAGAUAUUGCGCGUCCACAAGACGAGUCAGCAGCCAACGCCAACGUUGUGGAAUGCGCUCAACACUCCCUUAUUCAUUGCCUACGCUCUCACUACGGCCGCCACGGCAGUUCCAGCCACUCUCAUUCCUGCCAUGAGCGAAUCACUCCAAUUAUUGGACGACAAUACACCGGCAUCUUUUGCUCCCCGUGUUACUGCCUCGGCCGUCAUGGGAACUGCCUUUGGAAAGUUCAUUUUGAGUUCCAUGGGAGAUAUCUGUGGCGCACGACGAACGGCGGUAGUCUGUGCCAUACUCAUGUCGGCGUCCUUACUGGCGCUCAGUCUGUGUCGCACGGCCAAGGCGGCCUAUUGGGCCUGUUUUUUUGUCGAGUUCUUCCAAGCCGUUCAAUGGCCCUGCAUUAUUGUCAUUUUGGCCACGCAUUAUCGACGGCAUGGCAAUGCUGCCUACGAAGGAGGAAUUUUUGUCACUUCUCUGGCAUCCCGAUUUGGAGUUUUGGUCGGCAUUCCAACAUCAUCUCUGUUGUUACGCAACACCAAAUGGCGCUGGGUGGCGGCCAUGGCGGCAUGGACGGGAAUGGUCGCAUCCUCCAUUCUCUACUUGUUCGUAUGGGAUUCUGCCACAAAAACCGAUGAUCCACAAAAUCCCAUUGAUCCACAACUGUUGGCACAAUACAAACGAAAACAACCGACUCUGGCCAAUGUCAUUUCCCUGCUCCUGGCUAUUUUUCAACGAAAUGUGGCACCAUCUCUCAAACACGUCCUCAAGAGCCCGGCAUUCUACAUUAUGGCCAUUGCUCAUACGGGUUCUUCGGCGGUACGAACGUCGGAACGCAUUCUCGGUUCCUACUAUCUCGAUACAUCACUCAAUACACUCUCCGAAAAUCGGGCCGGGGGAUUGGCCGUGUUUCUGUCGUUUGGAACCAUACUGGGCUUGACGGUAGCGGGAAAUGUCUACACGCGAGGCACCGAACGACAACGAAAACGAUUGGUGACACGACUCUACUUUUCCACCAUUGCGUCCUGUUAUGUCCUGGCCAUUCUGGCCAUUCCGUGGCUGCGCACUACGUUGAAUGCUCCAUCCCUCGUGUUGAUCUUUCAAGUCAUGGCGACCUUUGUCAUGGGCUUUUCCAUUGCCGUACAGCUCUAUCAUAUUCCGUCUCUGGUCGGCGCCACGUUUGGCUGUGACAAGGGAUUGUACGCGGGAUACACGGAUGGAGUCGCCUAUGCACUUUCGUCAUUGUUGUGGAGAGUGGUGGGAAACUCGGUGCAAACCGAUGGAUCGGCGGGAGCUGGAUGGGCAUACGGGUGGGCCGCAGUGGCUCUUAUUCUCAUUAUCUCUGCCAUUUUCAUGGUGGAGUUUAUGGAACAUUACUUUGUCCGGCCGGGAGCAAGGACGGCUGGAGGGUACGAAACGAUCAUGUUUGCCUAACAUGACUAACAUACAUGACAAUGACAAGUGAGAUCUCCUUGGAUCGAAUCAGCAAUCCACCCACUAUUGCCAGGCAGCCUACAUACGGUGAACAGCGAACCGACACUGUCUGUCCUUUGGAUACUCAUAAUGCCCUCUUGCCCAGGAAUGCCAGGAUCAACAUCAGUGUUGCACUGAAUAAAACAACUGACAGGCAAUCUAAUAUUGUCAGGUCUUGAGGCUGGGCCCUCGAAAAUAUACCGCACAUGCUGUCGCCGGCUAGAUCUAUCUAGCCAGCUUCGCUUUCCUGCUGUUGCUUGCCACUCAAGUGGCGGCCACUGGGACUGGUUCGCGCUGACUUAUUAGUUUUGGCUUUUCCCUUGUAAAACUCUAGAGUCGGCACUAUCUAGCUAGCUCUAAUCGAUCAAGUGUCAAGCCAAUAAAGUCUUUGGCUCAAGCCUGCGUUUGCUCUUGCUUCGUCGUCUGCCUGGUUGGACUUGAAUCGUCUCCCGAGAACUGCAUGGGUCCCAGAUAUCGCCCGGAAUGCAUAACUCCAAGGAACACCGGCGAAGUUACUAUGGGUUAGAGAGGACUAUGGUGAGGAUGGGUUGCAGAGGAGGGCAGGAUGCAAGAACGCGAGCAACAAAAAGGGCUCGGCUGGUUCCUUCAAUGCCGCGGGGGGGCUUGAUUCAGGCUGCCGAAGGCAUGAGCCCUCAACGAGUUUGAUUUUGAUUGGCAGUAGCUACGUCGUAGGCAAGCCAGGCUAGCUGGCUGCAGCUGUAGACCUAGCUAGCCAGCCAUCUGUUUUUCUUUUGGUAGUCUACUUCUAUUAGGGUUAUGGCUAAAAACUGUGACACACAAACGGACAAACCAACAAAUAGACAAACAGACAAACAUCCAAACAAAAUUCACAAGGG